AAGAAGGUCCUCCUGCAUUUGUGCCUUUCAAAGUCAAGGUAAAGAUGUAUCCAUGUUUGUCUUGUAUUUACUGACUAGAUAAAAAAAAAGUCUACUCAAAACAAUCACGAAAAAUCAAAUCCUACAAAAGAAAAGAAUAUCAAGAAUGAAUCUACAGCUUCUGUCGAACAUUCAACGACUGUUUGGGGAGAUGAGAAGAAAAGCAGAAAAAAGGUCAAGAAGGAUAAACAGAGAGUACACGAAAUAAAUGAUAAGGAUGACAAAGAAAAGAAAAUCAUGCCUGAACGCAAAAAACAAGAGGACAAAAAGACAAAAUCGGCUGUCGAAAAAGACAAUAAAAAGAUACAAGACAAAAAAGAACAAAAGCAAAGACUAGAAAAAAAGAUAGCCGAAAAGCUUGUCGAGAAGCCUACCGAGAAGCCUGUCGAGAAGCCUGUCGAGAAGCCUGUCGAAGAAGCAAUUGUUUCUGAAAAAAUCGUUUCUGAUUCUAAACCUCCUAAAAGGGAAAAGAAAAAAAAAGUGCAAAAGGAAAGCAAGCCUAUUAAUGAGGCUAAAUCGGAAAAUGUAGAACAAGUUAAUGCCGAGAACAAAAAGCCCAAGAGAAAAGAAAGAAAGAAGCCUGUUGUUCAUGCAUCCACUCCACCUUCUGAAGGAAAUGAUGUUGCUGACAUUAAACCAGAAGAUGUAGUACAGGUACCAACUCCUCCACCAGAACAUAAAGAAAAGAGAAAUAGAAAGAAGAAAAGCGCAAACAAGCAGAGUGAACAAGCUCCUAAAUCUGAUUUUAAAGUAGAAUCAAAAACUGCAAUGGAAGAACCGCCAAGGCCUCUUAUGGAAGAGCAGUUGAAGCUUGUUGAUGAAGAACCAUCAAAACCUGUUGCAGAGCAACAAAUAAAGCCCCCAAGCAAAAGAAAAGAAAGAACAAGAAACAAAAAGAAACAAGCUGAACAACUCCUUAAAGAGAAAUCCCAAGAUGAAAAGGAACUCGUUGAAGAGGCUUCCAAAGAAGGGCCCAAAAAAGACCGAUCACGAAAAAAGAGCAAUGAUGAGUCUGAAAAGAAGCUUAGAAAAAGAAAAGAAAAGCGUCCUCCGACAGAGAAUUUAGCAGACUCAAUAGACAAAGUAGAAUCUUCACCUGUUGUUCAACAAGAAACACCUGUUUACAGCAAUGAUUCCUACAUGCAUAGACCUUAUUACAAUCAAACAAUGCCUCAGCAUGAAUACUAUUAUCAACCUCAACAACCUGUUUAUCCUGUCAUGGACUAUAAUAUGAUGAUUCCUAUUGAUUAUAGUACUGGUAUGCUUGCUGGUAUGUAUAAUUAUCCACCAAUGCCACCAACACAACAAGUGCCACCACCACCAUUGCCACUACAACAACAACAGCAACCACAGCAACAACCACAACAAUACAUGUAUUAUGCUGAACAACAAUCUCCUAGUUAUUAUAAUCAUCAAAUGCAUUAUACACAAUUGUAUGAUGAAGCUUAUUAUCGUGACUAUAAUUCAAGAGGAAGGGGACAUGGUAUGAACACAGGCAGAGGUAGAGGAAGAGGUGAAUACAAAUAAAUCUUUAAUAAAGCAAAUCAACCCAGUAUAUCAUCUAACCAUGCCUCAUCAUCAUCUACAACAUUCUUUACUGGUAUAGUAGGUUUCUUUAUCGAACCUGGUUUUGGUAAUGCAGUUGGUUUUUGAUCCAAUGCUAAUAGUUGAUCUAAUUCAUCGUUUUCGUCAUGCUUUUGUUGUUGUUGCUUUUGUUCUUCAUGUUUUGGUUUAUGUUGUGACACUGUAGGGCGAUCAUUGCGUACAUAAAUACCAUCAGCUUCUGAUAUCACAUUAGGUUUGGCUGGCUGAGAUUUAAACAGCACAUAACCCUUUGCAUUCUUUGAGAAGGAAGGCACAAUAGGUUUAUCUAGCACAAUAGGAUGCUCAUUCAAAGCAUUUGAGAUCUAUGAAACAAAUGAAUAUGACACUAUAUUGACUAU